AUGUCGUCCAGGAAGAAGGUGUUGCUGAAGGUCAUCAUCCUUGGCGAUAGUGGUGUCGGCAAGACGAGUUUGAUGAACCAAUAUGUCAACAAGAAGUUCAGCGCUAGCUACAAGGCGACUAUCGGCGCCGAUUUCUUGACUCGGGAGGUCAUGGUGGACGAUCGCCAGGUGACAAUGCAGCUCUGGGACACAGCAGGUCAGGAACGCUUCCAGUCGCUCGGCGUGGCCUUCUACCGCGGCGCUGAUUGCUGCGUGCUGGUUUUCGACGUCAACAAUGCUAAGAGCUUUGAUGCGCUCGACAGCUGGCGCGAUGAGUUCCUGAUCCAGGCUUCCCCUCGCGACCCUGAGAAUUUCCCGUUUGUCGUGCUCGGCAACAAGAUCGAUGUUGAGGAAAGCAAGCGCGUCAUUUCAACCAAGCGCGCCCAGACUUUUUGCCAGAGCAAGGGCGGCAUCCCCUACUUUGAGACCAGCGCGAAGGAAGCGAUUAAUGUUGAGGAGGCUUUCCAAGUUAUUGCGCGUAACGCACUCAUGCAGGAAGAGUCAGAGGAGUUCAGUGGCGACUUCCAGGACCCAAUUAACAUUCACAUCGAGAACGAACGGGAUGGGUGCGCUUGCUGA